AGACCCAAAAUCCACUCAUUCUCUACUCUUCAGAACUCCUCGCUUGCCUGCGCAGUUUCUCACUUUCUCUGUCAAAAACAUAUCGAGCAUUCGAGCUUCAUAAAAUCGACAAAUACUCCCAAAUAACAUCGCGAAUUAAGAAGAAAGAUAAAGCCGAUGUCCGCCGAGAACGACGAUGCUGCUCGCCGUAAGACGGCGAUUGCCGAGUACCGGAAAAAGCUUCUCAACCACAAGGAACUCGAAGGCCGAGUUCGAUCUGCUAGGGAGAAUUUAAAAGUCGCUAAGAAGGAGUAUACUAAAACGGAGGACGAUUUGAAGUCUCUCCAGAGUGUUGGACAGAUCAUAGGCGAGGUUCUGAGGCCUCUGGAUAAUGAACGCCUGAUCGUUAAAGCCAGCAGCGGCCCAAGAUAUGUGGUUGGAUGCCGCAGUAAAGUGGACAAAGAUAAACUCACAUCAGGCACUAGGGUUGUUCUUGAUAUGACAACGCUUACAAUUAUGCGAGCUCUCCCUCGUGAGGUGGAUCCUGUUGUUUACAAUAUGCUUCACGAGGACCCUGGAAAUGUUAGUUAUUCUGCUGUGGGUGGGUUGUCGGAUCAAAUCCGGGAACUAAGAGAAUCUAUUGAAUUACCUCUCAUGAAUCCUGAGCUAUUCCUAAGAGUUGGCAUUAAGCCUCCUAAGGGUGUACUUUUAUAUGGGCCUCCUGGUACUGGCAAGACACUGUUGGCUAGAGCAAUUGCUAGCAACAUAGAUGCUAAUUUCCUAAAGGUCGUUUCGAGUGCUAUUAUUGACAAGUACAUAGGGGAGAGUGCUAGAUUGAUCAGGGAAAUGUUUGGCUAUGCCCGUGAUCACCAACCCUGCAUCAUAUUUAUGGACGAGAUUGAUGCCAUUGGAGGGCGCCGUUUUAGUGAGGGAACAAGUGCCGACCGUGAAAUCCAAAGGACACUCAUGGAGUUGUUAAACCAGCUUGAUGGGUUUGACCAGCUUGGGAAGGUGAAAAUGAUAAUGGCUACAAACAGGCCUGAUGUUUUGGACCCUGCACUGCUUCGUCCGGGUCGCUUAGAUAGGAAAAUUGAAAUUCCAUUGCCGAAUGAGCAGUCGAGAAUGGAGAUUCUAAAAAUUCAUGCUGCUGGUAUAGCUAAGCAUGGUGAAAUUGAUUACGAGGCUGUGGUGAAACUUGCUGAGGGAUUUAACGGUGCUGACCUUCGUAAUAUCUGCACUGAAGCCGGAAUGUCUGCAAUUCGGGCGGAACGUGAUUAUGUCAUUCACGAAGACUUCAUGAAGGCCGUGAGGAAACUGAAUGAAGCCAAGAAGCUCGAAUCAAGUGCUCAUUACAGUGCCGACUUUGGGAAGGAGUAGGAAAACGUGUUCGAGUGAUGCCCUUUUCAUAGAACAAACCUUCCAAUUGGGCGCUUGCAUCCCCAUUGAAAAAAAUCUUCAGCAAUCAGUGUGACUUUUGAAACUAUAUUGGGACCAAAGACAAUGUUAAAUUUGAUUUUGUUUCCCAGGUACUUAAUACUAUGUGCUAUGACAAUGAGUUGCUAUGAAUUAAGAAGAGUUUAUGAAUGAGCAUGGCGAAUAAGACAUAAUCAUAAAUUAGCUAUGCGAACAAAUGAGAAUACACUAGCUUAUCAAUUGCAUCUUUGGGAGUUAUGGGAUUAUCUAAUAAUCAUUGAGAAAAGACGGUUACAGCAAUGGUUUGCAUUCUGUUGCUUAGUAGAACGUGUCGAAGAGGGGACUCAAUUCGAGGUUUUCUCAUGGAAGAAUUAAGAGCAUUCUAAUGUUGUU